UCGAAAUUUGUCUCAGGAAGGCGGCCACCAAGACCCCUUUGCCGAAACGAAGUCGAGAACAAGAAGCUCUCGCGAAUGGAGGCGGCGAUCGGCAUCGAGACGAUCAACGCCUUGGUCGCCAUUGUGUGCGUUGCGGCGUUCUUUGUCGCCGCUUCCUCGGUCCGCCGGUGGCGUCGGCGGCGUCGGCAGAGGACCUUCGGCGGGAAUUGUUGCUCCGAGCUCGAGGACAAGCCCCAGAACCGGUUCAAGCGCGUUCUUGCAGACAAUUCUUAUUCCCCCUUCAAGCAUUUCAAGCGGGAGGGCAAAGAGAAAGAAAUAUCUUUAAGGAUGCAUCCCUUUGCAGAUGAAAUUGCUUCUUUGUUAGAGCAUCCUCCUCUUACAACAUUCAUGACAAACCAUGAAUAUUCAGACAUGAGCAAUUCUUAUGUUUGGAUAGAUACAGAGCAUCAGUUAGACUUACUUGCAAGACUACUGAGUAAAGAGAGAGUCUUUGCUGUUGAUACAGAACAACAUAGUCUUAGGUCAUUCCUUGGAUUUACUGCUCUUAUGCAGAUUUCUACUCAAAAGGAAGAUUACCUAAUAGAUACAAUUGCUCUGCAUGAUGCGAUGGGCAUUCUACAGUCUGUUUUUGCUGAUUCUUCAAUUUGCAAGGUGUUUCAUGGAGCUGACAAUGAUGUUCUUUGGCUUCAAAGAGACUUUCAUAUAUAUGUUGUGAACAUGUUUGAUACUGCAAAGGCAUGUGAGAUUUUGUCAAAGCCACAAAAAUCAUUAGCAUACUUGCUUGAGACAUAUUGUGGAGUGUCAACUGACAAAACUUUGCAGCGUGAAGAUUGGAGACUGCGUCCUCUUUCAGCUGAAAUGAUUGAGUAUGCUCGUAACGAUGUUCACUAUUUGUUAUAUAUUGCUGACUGUUUGGUCUCUGAACUCAAGAGAAAAACCCCUGAUCUUUCAGCUUCUCUGGAUGACAAGUUGAAUUUUUUCUUCGAGGCCAGUCAUCGGUCAAACAUGGUCUGCAUGCAACUGUAUGCCAAAGAAGUUGAAUCUACCCCUGGGGCUUCUGCUGCAGCUUCUAUAUUGUCACGAAAUUUGAACAUUGUAGGGAUCACAUCCUGGAGAAGGUUGGAAAUGAAGGAUCUUAUUUGGAUAUUCUGUGCAUGGAGAGAUUUAAUGGCCCGAAUUCAUGAUGAGAGCUUACGAUAUGUUCUAUCAGAUCAAGCCAUAGCUGCUCUUGCUGUAAAAGCUCCAAAAAGUCCAACAGAAAUAUAUGAUGUCAUAUUACAUGUUGAUAUAAGUAAUGGUUUAAAUGCUCAUCCUGCCUUACCUUCACCAUCACCUAUUGCCAAGAAUCAUGUGGAAGAUCUUUGCAUUCUCCUACAGGAAAUGAACGCCAAUAUAGAUGAUGUUUUCAGAAGAUUUUGGGACAAGCACCUAGAUCAUGCUCAGUGUUCUCCACUUUCAGCAUACAACUAUGGUCUUCUAUCUGAAAUCAGUCUGAAACAUGCUGGUAUGUCAUUUUCAAAGCCAAGUGUUGAAAAGUUCACUCCAAUGGUUGGCAAAAGAGCCUCCCGAGAGCUUUUUAUUCAGAAAUUCUCUUGCAAAUCGCCAGUAUACCAUAAUUGCAGGAUUUAUGCUAGUGAUGGAAGAUUGCUUUGUUAUUGUGAUCGAAGGAAACUGGAGUGGUAUGUGCAGCGAGAUUUGGCAAGAAUAGUAGAAGAUGAUCCUCCAGCAAUUAUGCUUCUUUUUGAACCAAAAGGCCGUCCAGAGGAUGAAGAUAACGAGUUCUAUAUUCAGAGUAAGAAAAACAUGUGUGUUGGAUGUGGGGAGAAAAGCCACUACAUACGCUACAGAAUAAUACCAUCCUGCUAUAGAAUGCACUUUCCUGAGCAUUUGAAGAGCCACCGUUCUCAUGAUAUUGUUUUGCUCUGUGUGGACUGCCACGAAGUAGCUCAUUCUGCUGCUGAGAAGUAUAAGAAGAAAGUAGCACAGGAAUUUGGAAUUCCUCUUUUUGUGCAAAAAAUUGUUAAUUUGGGAGAAAGCACAGUUGCUACUGUAGCCUCAACAUCAGUGAACCCAACAGAAGAAACAGGUGUCGCUCCUUUGCAGUUACGAACUGCUGCUAUGGCUCUCCUACGCCAUGGAUCCAACAUGCCAUCAGGAAGGCUUGAGGAAUUGACGCAGAUUGUGAAGACAUACUUCGGUCGACAGGAAAUUUCUGCAGAAGAUCUGGAAGCUGCAUUACUUGUUGGCAUGAGUCCUCAUGAGAGAAGACGGUUUGAGAAAAAAAGAGGGUUAUCUUUUAGACAUAAUGAGCAGAAUAUUAUAUAUAAAAAUGAUACAUCAAGUGUUGCACAAACAGCUGAAGAUAAUGACAAAAAUAAUGGUAGCAUGUAUGUUGCUGAGGGAUCAUCGGAAUAUAAGUUUAAGGAUACUGAUAGCAGACGGAGAAGUUUGUCUAAUUCAUCCAUGAUUGAUACAAGCAGUGCCUUGUUACUCAAUAACAAUACUACUGUUGCUAAUAGCAUACAAAUUCUGGAUAGAGUUCAGGAACUUGAACAAGAAAAUGUUUCCAGUAUGAACGAGGGCAAUAAAAAUGAGAAUCCAUCAGAUGGGGCUAGAAGGAAUCUGAUACCUUCCAUGUCUGAAGUUGCUUCUUCAGGAACUACAAAAAAGGUGUCACUUUUAGGGCACGGACCACAUGGGAAACAUGUUGUAGAGCAUUUACUAUGCAAGUAUGGAGAGGAUGGAAUUCAACAAUUUUGUCAAAGGUGGAGAAAAGUGUUCGUUGAUGCCAUUCAUCCCCGUUUUUUGCCAUACGGUUGGGACAUUAUGCACAGUGGACGUCGAGAUUUUGGCGAGUACAGUGUUUAUAGCCCUGCAAAAAGGGUUGUUCAAGAUGCCAACGUUUUGGACUAGACUUAUCUGCCCAGGUACUUAGAGAUUAAGAAUGUCCAACCAGACUGCCGAGAUCUCCGGUGCAGAAGAAAUGUUUAAGUUACGAGGUGAGAGGCUAAAUUGGUCGAGUUCAUUGUUGCAUUGUAUCUUUGUCUUGUUCAAUGGUUAUGACCUUGAUAAACCGUGAUCUGCCUAUGAAAACCUCUUGAGCUUUGUGGUGAUA